AGGAGAGGGGAGAUCCCAGCCCCCUGGGGAUUGGGGAGCGGCCCGUCCCUCCUGGGCGGAGCUCUCUUCUCCCCCGCCGCAGACUGUGCGCGCCCGGGAGCCAGAGCGCAGCCAGCCGGAGCCCGAGCGCGGCGGCCGCGGAGCAUGGUGCGGGCAGCGCCCUGAGCCCCUUCCCCGGCGGCAGCAUGAGCUUCUCGCGGCCCCUGCGGCGCUCGGUCAGCCUGAGCCAGGCGCGGACGCUGCGGCUGGUGGUGCUGGGACAGGGCGCCGUGGGCAAAACAGCUCUAACUGUGAGAUUCAUCACCAAGAGAUUCAUUGGGGAUUAUGACCCUACUCUAGAAAUGAUUUACAGACACACGGCUGUCAUCGAUGGGGAGAUGGUGCACUUUGAGAUUCUCGACACAGCAGGACAGGAGGAAGACUCCUUGCAGAUCGAGGAAAAGAUCAAGUGGGGCGACGGCUUUGCCGUGGUGUACUCUGUGACUGACCGGUGCAGCUUCGACGAGGUCAUGAGGCUGUGCUUCCUCAUCAACCACAUCCACUCCAGCCCCAAGAGGAGCGGCGGGAGUGACCAGCCGCCCGUGGUGAUUGUUGGCAACAAGAAGGACCUGCAGUUUGACCGGAUGGUGUCUUGUGAGGACGGUGAGAACCUCUCCAAAGCCCUGAAGCAUCCUUUCUAUGAGAUCUCCACCAGGGACAGCUACGAAGAGACCGUGGUAGUGUUCAACACCCUGUAUAACGAGCUGAUGAGACAGGGGCACUUCUCCCCGGGCUCCUUCAAGAGGAGGGCCGUAUCUAAGCUGAUGGAAAAGAUUCCAAAGAUACAUGCCAACUCCACCCUGAACGCAGGCGGCCGGAGCCUCAGCUUCAACUCCUUCAGGGACUACAUACCGGAGUGAGCCCCUGCAUGGGCAGGGUGUGGGAGAGAACAGUGCCCCAGAGCAGCCUGGAUUGGCAAUGGACAGGCUGCAGGCUGCUUACCUUCCUGGUCUAGAGAGUGCUGUAUGUCACAAGGGUGGGUCCUUUCAGGCAUCUGUAUUCCAGGAAGGUCACAGUGCAGAUCUGUGCUGGCUUCCAACAGAGAAUUAGCAAGAGGUGCGUGGCUCAGUGGGGUUGGUGCAUCAGCCAUUCACCUGUAAAGCCCGGGGGUUUACUUCCUUGCUUAGGAUCAGCAGUGAAAACUCAUUUGGGAGGGUCUCCCUCCUCCUCCUCAUCCCCAUUCUGUGCACAUCACAAACUGCCACCGAAUUUAAUACAGUUGGCAGGCUCCACUCAGGAGAGGCUUGGGGCCGCUGCAGGCUCGGACUGAGGUGCAGACCUUUUGUGGGUGCCAAGGCCAUGGUUACCUGGGUCUGCUGCAGGGCAACAUCGAGAGGCAUUGGUGGAAUUGGCAGGAAGCUUGCACAGCACAUGCUGUCAUUCUGCCUGGCUACUGAUCACUCUGUUCCGUGAACACAACAUCCACAAUUUAGGCCAAAUAGCGUACAUUGGAUUUGUCAAAGCAGGUCAGACCAAAGGUCCGGCCAGCCGUGUCUGCUGUCUUUACCGGUGGCCAACACUGGAUGCUUUGCUUACAUACAGUUGUUGGUGUAUGGAUGCCACUAACCAGGAAAGUAGCCAGAUCCUGCUUCAGCAAACUUUUUCAAAGUGUUUCCAGCAUUCCCUGCCCUCAGCCCAUUUCCCACACUCACUUAGGACCUAAUUCUGCACCCAUCAAAACCAAUGGCAAAGUUCUCAUUGACUGCAGUGGUGCAGAAUGAAGCCCUUAGUGCCUUGGAGGUCACACCAUUGUGACCCACCAGCUUAGUUUGACUCUCCAAGACUUGCACACAAACACUCAGCACUGAAUGUUUCACUCCACCUGCACUCUGCUCCCUUCAGAGUGCCAUGUAGAUCCCAGUGACUACUUUGAUGGGCAUGGGGAGCCUAGUGACACAGAGAUCAUGUGGCCAUAUAGAGAAAAGAGCCUUAUUUCUGACCAUCAUAAAUGUCUUAGAUCUAUGUUGUGACGAAGUGGGACUGUUCUUAAUGUUUCCUCUGAAUAGUGUGGGGGUGCCUCAGUUUCCCCUAGGCAGUUCUUAAGUAUCUAGGGGGUGGAGUAAGGGUGUAUGAUCAUUGCAGAGCCCUAGAGGGCAUGUGUGUGCAGGAGUCUGGACACAGAGAAUGGCUGACACCCUGUUUCCUGGCAACUGAUGGCCUGGGCCCUUCCCCCCCUGCAAGGUGAGAGCUGAAGGGUUGGAGAACAAAGGAAUCAGGUGACCACCUGGCCCGGGAAAGGAACAAAGCCCAGAGGAGGAGGGGCUGGAGGGGGUUUUUCAGUUUGGGGCUGGCUGGGACAUGGAGUGAAGUGCAGACGUGGUUGUCUGGCUCACUGCCCCCCCCAAAAUGGACCCAGCUGAGGGGUCCCGUUCUCUGCACCUGCAAGCUCUGUUUUAGACCAUGUUCCUGUCAUCUAAUAAACCUUCUGUUUUACUGGCUGGCUGAGAGUCACGUCUGACUGCGAAGUUGGGGUGCAGGACCCUCUGGCUUCCCCAGGAGCCCCGCCUGAGUGGACUCGCUGUGGGAAGCGCACGGAGGGGCAGAGGAUGCUGAAUGCUCCGAGGUCAGACCCAGGAAGGUGGAAGCUGUGUGAGCUGCGUGUCCUGAAGACAGGCUGCUCACAGAAAGGCGACUGCCCCAGAGUCCUGACUGGCUUCAUGGGGAGCAGUUCCAGAGCAUCGCCCAGGGACUCCGUGACAUAUGUCUUUAGCUCGGAUGAUGGAGAAACUAUCAAAGGACCUUGUUUUCCCUCUUACAGCUCUCCAGGCUUUUUAUUCAUUUUUUUACCCUGAGGAAAAUAAAUCAAGUGAGAAAAGAAGAACAAAGUCUGUAUGAAAAGUGCCAGCCCCCAAAUGGAUUCAAAAAUUAAAGGGGUGCCAUCAGUUUGAAAUUGAGUUGAUUUCAAAAUAAAAUUAAAAGCAGUUUGGUGCCCUAUCCUGCCUACCUGCCAAUCUGGUUUUUCAAUCCUAUUUCUCUGUUAGUGUUUACAAUUUUUGUCUCUCUCAUGGCUGUCUGAAAGAUUCACAGAAACCGGGAAAACUGAUUAGCAGCUAUACAGGAAACCAGUGAAACGGACUAUGCACAAAGUGAAAUAAACUGAGAAGACCGACACUUUCCUGGAAUCUCUUUCACAUGGAGUGUUCUUAGGUGUCACUUGUCACAAUAAUAAGGGACAACUUUGAGACAGAAAUGGGAUUUUCAAGUUGGCAAUAUUGCUGUGAGAGUUGCAUGAUGGGAAUCCAGCCGUAGCUCUCCAUAGGGCUGGGAGCAAGGCAUUCUGAUAGUAAGGUGUGUGUGCUACAAAGACACAGACAAAAGGAGACUUAAUGGCUAUGGGGAUUGGAGCCCUACACUUCUAGGACAUUGGUGUGACCUUCUCCCACCUGACCGCCAGCUGUGAUGGGUAAUAACCAAAAGGUUCCAUUUGAUUAUGAGAGGAAGGAUGGUCUAGUGGUUAGGGUGCUUGCCUAGGAGACGUAGGGUCAAUGCCCUGCUCUGCUACAGACUGCGUGACUUUAAGCAAAAAGCUUAAUCUCUCUGUGCCUCAGUGUCCCAACUGUGAAAUGGAAAUAAUAGCACAUUCCCUACCUCACAUGGGCAAUGUGAGGAUGUUAAAGAUGGUAAGAUGCUCAUAUGCCCCAAUAACGGGGGCCAUAUAAGUAGAUAGAUUUGAUUUAAAAAAAAAAAAAAAAGAUUUGCUGGCUGUUCAGUAGCCUGUUUGAGCUGUUGCAGUCCCAAUGUUACCCACUCAUUACUAGUGACACCUCGACUAUAGAAAGCGAAUGUUCUCUCUGCUUCGUUUUUCUGCAUUUAAAUGAUAGCUGUCUCCCUUCCUGUCUGUCAGGCACUGACCGUGCGGCUUGCACUACAGGGAAAUGUUUCAUGUAAAAGAGAAAACCGUUUACAGUGGCAUGGUUUUGAAAAUAUGCCUAUUAAUCCCAGGUUUUGUGAAACCUUUUUUGGCUUAAGCUACUUGAGAGCGUGCCCUUUAAAUAGCCCAGUAAGUCACAUCUUAGGCCAGGAAAGGCAACGAUUUCAGAUUUUAUGUCCCACUUCAGCCUAAAAGAACCAGGCACAUUUAAUGUGGUGGGGCGGGUUGUGUUUUUUGUUGUGGUGGUGGUUGCUGCACUCUUUGCUGAAUCUGUGCAUCUUGUGUUCUUUGUCUCACUUUGGGUCCUCCAGCUCCUAGGGGAGGGGCAUACAGGCUCUUUGCACAUUCUUAAUGAAUCUAGCAUUUGAUUUUAAUUUCCAUAUCACUUCUGAUGAACAGAAUAUUUUUAUGGGAUCUGCAGCUGAUGUCUCCAGACCUAGGCCCGUUGAGGGACUCUGUCAAUCCAAGAGGAUUUUUCAUUUUAAACACCAUCUGUUCCCUGCUGAAUUUUCUUAGAAGCCAGAAUGUGUGUACUCUCCUCUACUGCCAGUCACUGUAGAAUGCAUUUGAAUUACUGCACAUCACAAAUCAAGGAGACUGCAUUUCCCGUGAGACCCAUACUGAAACCUGUGCUAACAAUCGCCUGGUAACCCCACACAUCGAUCUUAGGAGCCAGUAAAAUAUUAAUCUCUGUGGGGAUUACUCCAUCUUAAUGGCAUUGCUUUAUAGCGUGGUUGAAUAGUGAACAGAAGACUUAGACGUCCAUUGGAAGAGGUUUCAGUGUAUAUGAGAAAGACCAAACAUCUGGGCUGGUGAUUCUAAAUGUGGAUUAAAUGGAGCAGAGAGAGGAAUCUGUUGAUGCACAGAAGAACUGAUUCUUUGUCUAGUUAUUAAUUGUCCCAUCUUUGUAAAAGGUACCAGUUCAGACAUGCUCACCGGGGAGCGAAAUCUGCUAUUGCAGUCUGUGUGGAGAGUUCUCUAUGGUCACUGCCAUGAUGUAUAGAAUUUUUGUAUUCUACUGACAAAACUGUUGUCUUCAUGAACAAAUGCCUCACUGGGGAGCAGACAACCAUCGACACAUGCUCGGCUUGCAGCUACCAAUAUCUCUUCUAGUGUCUUCACACAUGGGGGCUUUCCAAAACAUAUUCCUGGCUUUCUAAACCAUAGACAUUAGAGACCAAAACUUCCUCUUGAGUCCCCUUCUCUCUAUCCCCCCUGCGAGUAUAGGACUGUUCCUUCCAGAAUAUAGCUUUGCUACGUGUGAUGGAUUUGCUAAAGGUCUGAGAUGUAAAUAACAUGACUUGCGUUUCUCUCAAAGAAAUAACCCUAGUCGACUGUUGAACUGUACACUAGCUGCAUUCCGUUAUAAUAAAACUCAACUUGAACAA